AUGAUAAAUGAAUAAAUGUUUCAAGAACUCAAAAACUCUAAUUUUAAAUCCGUUAUUGAUAAUUGUGUUUACCUCAAGAAAAUAUCAAAUUCUUUGUAUGGAGAUGCAGAAAUUUUGAUUCAUAAAGUUUAUAAUGUUUAAUUGGUUUUAAUUACAAAGAUUUUCCAUAGAAAAGAAGAAGCCAAAAAGUUACAAGAGGAAACAAUAUUGAGACUUAAUCUUAUUUCAGAAAAAAUAUUACGCUUAGUUUGUUAUAAUAGUAAAAAGAAGUAUUUAAAUUAGUAAAGGAAGUUAAAGAAUUAUGCGGCAACUUCUAUAGAAUCUAGUGGAUAUAUGAAUUUCAUUCACAUACACUUUAAGAUAACAUUUUACACAGAAAGAAAAAAGAACUUCCCUUUAGUGAAAUUGAAAUCAUCAAUCUUUUAGAAACAAUACUCCAAGGAUUUCAAAUUUUAAAAUCUGUUUCUAUAAGACAUGGUUAUUUAUAACCUAAACAUAUCAUUCAAAAAACUAAAUCUUAAAAUUACUGUAUAUCUGAUAUUAAAUUUAUCACAAAAAUGACAGAGUAUUAAGAAGCUUUACAAAAUAUUGACUCUAUUUAAUAAUGUUUCCUAUCACCAGAAUUACUCAAGGAAUUGUAAAAAGGUAAUUAAGAAAACUCAAGUUAUGAAAAAAAUGAGAUAUUUUCUAUUGGAUUAAUCUUAUUAAAUUGUAUGCUUCUUGAAUAUCCUGAAAUUUACGAUCUUCAAAAUUUUGCUAUUAAGUAACAAAAACUCUAAGAAUAUUUAAAUAUUGUUCAAUAAAGAUAUUAGAGUGCCUAAAUUGUAAGAGAAAUGCUUCUAAUUGACAUUUAUCAUAGGUAUGCAAUUAAUUGAUAGUAGACCAUCAUUAGAACAACUUAUUUCAUUACUUACAUAAUUCAAAUACAAAAUGUAAGUCAAGCCAUCUCCAAAACCUUAGACUAAUUAUAUUCUUCAUAUUGAUCAAAGCAAAGAAAAUCACUCUUCAUUAUAUGAACGUAAAUAUGCCACCGAAAAUCAAUAACAUUCUACUACUCCAUUAAAAUCUAAUUAAGAAUAAACUCAUACUCGUAAAAUAUCUUAAUUGACACCAAUUACACAUCUUACACAUUCUCCACUCAAUUAGAAUAAAUAAGAAUUUACAGAAGUUUCUACUAUUAGUCAAAAUAGUUACUUUUAAUUAGAUACUUCUAAUAUAAAUAAUUCUAGUUAAAGGGAUCCAUAUAAUUUUACUUAUAGAGAUAUUACUCCAGAAAGAAAAACUAAACCAUGUCCAUCCCCAUUUAAAUAAAUUACUUCUAAUAAUGUUCAAAAUUCAUCAAGAACCAAUUAUUUUUUUACAUCUAUUAAAUAAAACGAAAGUUAAUCUUAAAUAAAACCAGAAUAAAUCAGUUAUGAUUUUGCCGAAGGAAUUAAAUUAAAUGUUCCUAAAUCGUUGUAAUAAGAAUUUACUAAAUUAGAAAAAAGAAGUUACCAAUACUUGAAUCAGUAUUAAUAGCAGUUAUUUUGA